GGCCAUCAUUUAUUGAUUUAUCUGUUGCUCAAGCCCUUAUUGCGAAAGGUGCGACUUUUUCGAUAUAUUUUAUACAACGUUUGCUUAACUCUUAUGGAAGUUACGAUUUAGAAUUAAUAGAACUGAAUUAUGCACAUGAUGUUAAACAAAUAAAUGCAGAACAGAUCAAAUUAUUGCAGAAAAAGACGCGUACUCCUUGGGCAAGUGAUUUACCAUUAACAGUCUUUACGUAUUUUGUAACGGUAGCACGAAGUCAUUUAAAGUUCAUAAACUUUGUAUGA